UUUCCUUAUCCGCGACAAGGAAGCUUUUUAAGGAAAGUGAAAACUUGGCCACAGCGAAGCCGUAAAUGUACACGAAGAAGUAAACAAUGGCUACUCGGGAAGACGACGAAGACGACAUAAACCCCGUCACAAUGAUCCUACCAGAUGAACAAGACGAAGCGAAGCGAUGCCCUACGACACGAGAGGAUGCAACGGAUCAACAUCUAGACCAGCAGCAUUACGUCCGUUCGAUCGACUCGACGGUGGUGAUCAGGCAGCUCCCGUUCCAGGGCCUCUCCUUCCAGCUCUGGCCUGCAGCCACCACGCUCGUCACCCUCCUCGACUACCACCGCCGUGACCCUACCAACAGUCCCCUAUCUUCCACCCUCAUUGGCCAUCGCCGCCCUCUCAAUAUCCUCGAGCUUGGCUCCGGAACCGGCAUCGUCGGAAUCGCCGCCGCAGCCACUCUCGGGGCUAAUGUCACGGUCACCGACCUCCCACACGUCAUCUCGAACCUCCAGUUCAACGCUGACGCCAACGCCAGCGUUUUGAACCUGAACGGCGGGGCUGUUCACGUGGCGCCACUGAGGUGGGGAGAGGCCGAUGACGUCGAGCUGAUUGGGCGGGACUUCGAUCUAGUCCUGGCCUCGGAUGUAGUGUACCACGAUCACUUGUAUGACCCUCUGCUUGAAACGCUGCGUUUGUUGCUCUUAGACCGGGAGGGUGACAAGGGAGGGAAGGUGUUUGUGAUGGCCCAUUUGAGGAGGUGGAAAAAGGACUCGGUUUUCUUCAAGAAGGCCAGGAAACGUUUUCAAGUUGAGGUGCUCCACGUGGACAGUCCGUGCAACGGAUCUAGGGUUGGAGUAACUGUUUACCGUUUCGCCGGGAAGCGUCAGAAUUUGAAUGCUUGAUAAAUUUGGUUUGUUUCUCAAAGAAAUGUAUUCAAGUAAGCUUUUGAAUUA